CGUUUGCCGAUUUGACAGUUCUGAAUUUGUUUCUUCUCCGGUUGAUUUCUAGCGAAAAGUGCAGAUUUUUUCCCUGAUUUUCGAACACAUGCACGGAUAGAAGGCGAUAACUAUUUCAAAAAUCGGAUAUUUUGCAAAUUUUAUUCAAAACCACGAGAAACACACAAUAAACACCAUGGAUUUGGAAUUGAAAAAGGCCUUCUCUGAGAUGCAAAUGAACAAAAUCGAAUCCACGAAGAAAAUCCGCCUGCUGGACAUGAAGACGGACAGUUUGAAGGUGUCCAAACAGCGGGUGGAACUGACCAAUAAGGAAAUUUCCCAGCUGAAUGCCGACACCAAAGUGUACGCCUCGGUGGGGCGAAUGUUCGUCCUGUCGGAUGUUCCCUCGCUGACGGAUGAGAUGAAGAUCAAACAGAACAACUUCGAGGAGAUGAUCGGUCAGUGCGAAAAGAACAAAGAGUUCUUGCUGAAAAAUCUCAAAGAGCAGGAGGACAGUCUCCGGGAGUUGGUCCAACAGAAGCGAACGGAAUCCACGGCGAAGGAGAACGGAAGCGAUGCGAAGAAGGAAUAAUCUUAGAACGUUUAGAAUUUAGACGAUAAUGGAUGCAUUUCGGAUGAAUGAGGACUAGCAAUAGGUCGAACAGAAAGCUUCAUUUUUGUAACAUUUUCUGCCGGGUAAUAAAGCUACACCUUUUCUGCUAACACACUA